GGUUUUCCCGACGGGUGGGCCGGGCCCCGCCCCCGGCGGCUGGUCUCCCAGCCUGUCCUUUCCCAGCGGGUCGCUUCCGGAGGCGGAGGGAGGCCCGCGGAUGCCCUGUCUACGCGGACCGGGAGGCCUGUCUUCGUCGGCGGUCGCGGGCCGUCGGCGUCCCGGCUCCCCCGCCAUCCGGAUCCCGGCGCUCCGAGUCUCCCCCGCCGUCCGGCCCCCGGUAACCCGUGUCUCUCCCGCCGUCUCGACCUGGAGCUCGGCCCCGGUGCCCCGAGUCCAUCCCGCUGUCCCGACCCCGCUGUAUGCCGGGGAACAGGUUGCCCACCAGGCCAGUGGCUGAGCUUGAGCCUCCACGUGCCACAAGGGCCCUGAGGAGGAAUGGCUGCCGCGGGCAGGCUGCUUGACCUGCUGCGGCAGCCCGUGUUGAGGAGGUAUGCUCUGGUGCAUGCCCGCCUACAUACAUCCUCCUGGCAGGCCAAUAGCAACAGGGCCUCGCUCACGCGUGUGCACCGACAAGCCUAUGCACGCCUCUACCCCGUGCUCCUGGUCAAGCAGGACGGUUCCACCAUCCACAUCCGCUACCGGGAGCCACGACGAAUGCUUGAGAUGCCUGUGGACCUGGACGCCCUGUCCCCAGAAGAGAGGAGGGCACGGUUCCGGAAACGUGAGGCCCAGCUCCGAAAGAAAGAGGAGGAGGAGCCAGAGCUCAGUGAUGACUUUGACGUGGAGCAGUACAAGCGGUUUUGGACAAAAAAGUGAUGGGCCUGGAAGCUGCCUGGGUGGGCGAUGCAAGUGUGGGGAUGGUGUGUCUUUACAUGAUGUGUUCACAAA